AUGUCCGGAGCACUAGAGAUCCGAGAGGGAGAAUCCGGCUUCGUGUUCUACCGUUACCAUCCCUCCCUCGCAGCCGCUGCAGUUUUCGUUGCUCUGUUCGCCAUCAAUACUCUAGUCCAUGCCUUCCAGCUGGCACGAUACAGAACUUGGUAUUUCAUCCCGUUCGUCAUUGGGGGGAUCGUCGAAGCCAUCGGCUAUGGUGGACGGAUCAUGUCGAGCAAUGAGACGCCGGACUGGUCUGGUGGGACUUACAUCCUCCAAACCGUCUUCAUUCUUAUCGGACCAGCUCUGAUGGCAGCAUCCAUCUACAUGAUCCUUGGCCGACUGAUCCGACUGGUGGGCGGCGAGCACCUUUCCUUCAUCCCCGUAAAUUGGAUGUCGAAGAUUUUCGUCACGAUCGAUGUCAUCUCAAUCCUGAUGCAGAUAGCCGGCGGAGCCAUGCUCGCCACGGCAGACACGGAGUCUAUGUACAACGCAGGAGAAGACAUCAUCAUCAGCGCGCUUUUCAUGCAGCUUGCUGCCUUCGGAGUCUUCGUCGCCGUCGCGGGGUUGUUCUAUCGCCGCAUCAUCCAGCAGCCCACAGCCGCCUCACGGAGCGCCGAGUUCCCCUGGCAGCGCUACUUGUGGCUGCUCUUUGCCGGAUCCGCGUUGAUCCUGGUGCGGUCUAUCUUUCGAGUUGCCGAGUACCUGUCGGGAAGUAGUGGCCUCCUCAUGGCCAACGAAGUUUUCCUAUAUGUUUUCGACGCUCAGUUGAUGGUGGCCGUGACUGUCCUAUUCAAUGUCUACCAUCCCAGCCGAAUCAUAUACACGCCCAGACGUAAAGUUCUCCAGGAUGAAUCAGAAGUCUCGUCGCAUGUGGAGGUGCAACCGGUCUGA